AUGUCCUCCUCCAAGGCAGUCCUCGCCUUCAUCCCAGUCCUAGCCACUACAGUUGCUGCCUGCACCGGUCCUCCAGUCAACAUCCCAACCCUUGACCUCCUCAAGGGCUUUGAGACAAUGCAGCCAGACCCUUACGAUGAUGGCUUCGGAAACCCGACCAUCGGCUACGGCCACCUCUGCGCAAACGCUACUUGCUCCGACGUGCCCUUCCCCACUCCUAUGUCGGAGGAUUCAGCGACCAGGUUGCUCCAGGGUGAUUUGAUUAGCGCUCGAGAUGCCGUAACCAACGCCCUCGCGGACCCAGUCACCCUCAACGACAACCAAUACGGCGCAUUAGUCUCCUGGACCUUCAAUGUAGGAAAUGGUAACAUGGAAUCCUCUGAUUUGGUCCGGCUCAUGAAUGCCGGCGAGGAUGUCGUUGCCGUUGCGAACGAUGAAUUGCCGCUGUGGAAUAAGGCUAAUGGGAAGGUGGUCAACGGGCUUGUGCGCAGGAGGAAAGCUGAAGUGGACUUGUUUAAUGCGUCUAGUAACGUCGGCGCUUUGCCUGUUCCUUGUUAA